CAAAAGCAAAUUAUAAAAAAAUUUUCGACAGAAGUUUUCUGUCGUGACAUUAAUUCGCGGAAUAAAAAUAUUUUAAAUUUAAUUGGAACGAUAUUAAAAAUAAAAAUGUAUAAUUUUUAAAUUAAAAUUUAAUGAAUACAGCGGAAAAAUUCCUUUAACCCGGAGUAAUUGCAUUCGAACGAUUUUAAAGGAUAUAACUCCGCCGAAGAUUGGCUGCAUGGCGUUACGUUUCGAUUGUGUAAUAUAAUUCUUGGAGUUCGUGAUUAAAGAAAAAAUUCGAUUCGAGAAGAAAGACCUUACAAAACAAACGGAAAAAUAUAAUAACACUAAGCUGAAAAAGCUGAAAAGAACGGCUGUAAAAGUAUAAUUUCAAAAACACUGGUAAGACAUUUUGAAGAUCUUGCAUAAAUUAUGGUUGUUUCAUCCCAUUGCUGCACUGAAACUGUGUUUGACUAUUCAUGGAAGCAAGUGGUGCAGGCAUUUUGGAAUCGUUAUCCCAAUCCCUCCAGUAAUCAUGUAUUAACAGAAGACACAAUUUCUCGGGAAGUGCGUGACGGUAAGCUGUAUUCGCGGCGUAUACUCUCUAAAACUAAUCAUGUGCCUAAAUGGGGUGAACGUUUUUAUAAAAAUACUCCAAUUAAAAUAAUUGAAGAUUCUAUUUUGGAUCCGAAGAACAAAACUUUAACCACAUUCACGCGAAACAUUGGCAUGAAAAAAAUUAUGAAAGUUGAUGAAAUUGUCGAAUAUACCGAGCAGAAGGACGGGCGCACCUUAGCUAUUCGUCAUGCUUACAUUAGUUCACAAGUUUUUGGCUUCUCCCGGGCUAUAAGAGCUUUUGGUGUCGAACGAUUUAAGUCGAAUUGCCUAAAAACUGCCAAUGGUUUCAAUUUUGUUUUAUGUAAUAUGUUUCCUAAUCACAAACAUGUCGCUCUCGUUCGAAGUCCAACGCCGGCAGUUCUAUCUAUCACGACAAAAUCCAAUCUUGAACAGCAGCAACAGCAGCACCAUCAUCCAGCGCAGACUGUCAGUAAAGCAGAAUCAUUUAAAAAGGGUGUGAAACAAAGUUAUGAUUUCCUAAAAUGUCAGGCUAGCAAAAUAGCUCAGAUGUUUUCCAUAAAAAACUGAUUGGAUACGAAUAAACCUCCCUGAAGUAAUGAUUAACACAGUAGCGUAGUUACCCGGUUUAAAAGAAAGCUGCUGUUACGUAUUAAGAGAAAAAGUUUUUGGGGCAGUUGGAAUAAAUGCACUGUUUGACUUCCACUUUUUGAUAAAUGUACUGCGGAUGCUAUUAAAGAUGUGGGAUUACUCUUUUCAUCUGCCUAUAAUUCCAUAAAACAUUUAAUCCAAAAAAUUUAAAUUCAUUUGCUUUGAAUUAUUAUUACAGUGUUUGUUGUCUUCAUUCCAAAUAUAUAGUUUAUAUAAAAAAAAUUCCUUUCCCAUGUCUGCAAUUUAUAAAUUCGCCUCUCCCUUUUCCGAGCACGUGUUAUUGUAUACACUCGAUUGUAAAUUAGAAUUAAUUCUUCUCAUAUUAUUUUGUAAAAAUCUAUUUAACAAUAUUGUUAUCGUUGUAAAAGAAAUUAGAACAACAUACUCUUACAAUCCGUAAUCGAUAUAUAUAU